CCAUCAGAGGACAUUUGUUCUGGAGGUUAUGGGGAGACACUGUGGGUAUCUAGCUCUUGUUAGUGCCUUAGCCUGUGGUGCAGAUUGGGUAUUUAUUCCUGAAUACCCACCAGAAGAAGGCUGGGAAGAUUCAAUGUGUGUUAAGCUUUCAGAGAAUCGUGCACGAAAGAAAAGGCUGAAUAUUAUUAUUGUAGCUGAAGGAGCUAUUGAUUGCCACAACAAGCCUAUAACAUCAGAGAAGGUUAAGGAUCUUGUGGUUCAGCGGCUUGGUUUUGACACACGAGUAACUAUCUUGGGCCAUGUGCAAAGGGGUGGAACCCCUUCAGCUUUUGACAGGAUUUUGGCAAGUCGUAUGGGUGUGGAAGCUGUACUUGCCCUCUUAGAAGCUACUCCAGCUACCCCUGCCUGUGUUGUGUCCCUGUCUGGUAACCAGGCUGUCCGUCUGCCUUUGAUGGAGUGUGUACAGAUGACUCAAGAAGUCCAGAAAGCUAUGGAUGAGGGAAGAUUUGUUGAGGCUGUGAGGCUUCGUGGAAGGAGCUUCGAAAACAACCUUAACACCUACAAAUUACUGUCACACAAAAAACCAGAUGCUGAGCUUCCAAAGACUAAUUUUAAUGUGGCUGUUUUAAAUGUUGGUGCCCCUGCAGCUGGAAUGAAUGCUGCAGUGAGGGCUGCAGUGAGAGUUGGCAUAACUGAAGGCCAUAAAAUGUUUGCUGUCAUUGAUGGAUUUGAAGGUUUUGCUAGAGGGAAGAUAAAGGAAAUCAGCUGGGGAGAUGUUGGAGGCUGGACUGGUCAAGGAGGAUCAAUUCUUGGUACAAAACGUACUCUUCCUGCAAAGUAUUUGGAGAAGAUUGCUGACCAGAUGCGCACAAACAACAUUAAUGCCCUUAUGGUUAUUGGUGGAUUUGAGGCGUACCUUGGACUUCUGGAAUUGUCAGCUGCCCGAGAGAAAUAUGACGAAUUCUGUGUUCCGAUGGUUAUGGUUCCUGCAACUGUAUCCAACAAUGUACCGGGUUCAGAUUUCAGCAUUGGUGCAGAUACUGCUCUGAACACUAUAACUGAUACGUGUGAUCGCAUCAAACAGUCAGCCAGUGCCUAUAUCUUUGAAGAACAGUUUGACAUUCGAGAGCUCCAGGCUAACGUGGAACACUUGACUGAAAAAAUGAAAACCAGUAUCCAGCGUGGUCUAGUGCUGAGAAAUGAGAACUGCAAUGAGAACUACACAACUGACUUCAUUUAUCAGCUGUAUUCUGAAGAAGGAAAAGGAGUGUUUGACUGUCGAAAAAAUGUAUUGGGCCACAUGCAGCAGGGUGGUGCACCUUCACCAUUUGAUAGAAACUUCGGGACGAAAAUUUCUGCAAAAGCUAUGCAGUGGAUCUCCAAAAAACUGAAAGAAACCUACCGAAAAGAAGAAGGCAAAGUAUUUGCCAAUACCGAUGACUCGGUUUGUUUGCUGGGAAUGCGUAGACGGAACCUUGUCUUCCAACCCGUGGCUGAGCUGAAGACUGAAACAGACUUUGUACACCGGAUUCCCAAGGAGCAGUGGUGGCUGAAGCUGCGACCACUGAUGAAAAUCCUGGCCAAGUACAAGACUAGUUACGAUGUUUCCGACUCAGGCCAGCUGGAGCAUGUUGCUAUGCACAGCCCAAAGGAAGCAGAAACCGGAGCCAUCUAAGGAGAUCACUUUUAGAUUAUUGUAAUAGAUGCACAUUGUGAGUAACAAUGCUUUAGAAUCGUUACAGCUUUGUUUUGUAACAUUUAAAUUAUUGUACCAGCACUUUAUGUGAAACAAGACAUUGGGAUGUCACACAGAUUUUGUCCUGUAUUUGUGUUACCUUUGAGACAAACCCUAGCAUCUAAUGGAUAAGCACCAUGUACUGAUUCUACCCUUUAACGAUAAGUGCAACACCGUUCUAUGCACUCUGUAAGUUACUCACCUACUGCACUUUGUUUCAGAGUACUUACACCCCAAAAAUAAGUGUAGAUGACUAGCUUUGUGUUGAGUUACAGGAUGUGCUUAAUGUAUCUCAAGUGAAAUAAAGUACUGUUGCAAACAAA